CAUAUUAUAAUUCUUCACCUUUUCUUCACUCGGUUUUCAUCAUUGUACCUUCCACCCUACGUGAAGGAAGAAACCCAAAUCAGCUUUUGAGCUUUUCCUUUUUUUUCUUUUUUUGGGUCUUUUAAUUUUCCAGGCAGCAUAGUUCUCAGUGGACAAAACCCAGCUCCCUCCUCAAAAAUCUCAUACAUUUUCCAGUGGUCUCCUCAAACCGAUCGAAAUCCACCUCCCAAGAUGCAGAAACAGAGAUGGGUCUUCAAUCUCGUCUUCGCCUUUUCAUUCUGUGCUGUGCUCUCAGAAACCCUAGCUGAAACAGGUGCACAAACCAUAGCUUGCUCGGAAGCAGAUAGAGCUGCACUUCUUGGCUUCAAAUCCAGAAUCUGGAAGGACACAACAGAUAUUCUAGCGUCAUGGGUUGGUAAGGAUUGCUGUGGAGGAGACUGGGAAGGUGUUCAGUGUAACACAGCAGGAAGAGUGAUUGGGUUGCAGUUGCAGAGACCCUCAGAUAGAGAGAGUGGCCUUUGCAUGAAGGGAACGCUGUCCCCUUCUCUGGCUGGCCUACAGUUCCUGGAGGUGAUGGUGAUAAGUGGGAUGAAGCAAAUAGGAGGGCCCAUUCCAGAGAGCUUCUCAAAGCUUACCCGUCUCACCCAACUUGUCCUUGAUUACAACGCAUUGCAAGGGUCUGUACCUUCAUUUCUCGGUCAGUUGCCUCUUCUCCAGACUGUAUCAUUAAAUGGAAACCAUCUGAAUGGACAGAUUCCUCCGAGUCUAGGAAACCUCAGAAACCUCAUCCAGAUGAAUUUAGCCAAGAAUUCCCUAGAAGGUCCAAUCCCACCCACCUUCAGAAACCUUCAUAAUUUGCAGUAUUUUGAUCUUAGUUACAACAAUUUAUCUGGGUCAAUCCCAGAUUUUAUGGGACAGUUUCAGAACUUGACCUUCAUUGACUUCUCCAAUAACCAAUUCUCAGGCCAGAUACCCAGCUCCCUCUGUAACUUGACCAAUCUUUUGGACGUCUCUUUGAGCCAUAACCAACUUACAGGAAGAAUCCCUGACAACAUUGGCAACCUAAACGCACUUAGCAGCCUUUCUCUGAGUGGAAAUCGCCUUUCUGGUCAAAUACCAGCCUCCAUUUCAAGGUUACAGAGGCUUUGGUACCUUAAUUUGUCCAGAAAUGCUCUGUCAGAUCCUUUACCAGCCCUUACAAAGGGACUCCCGUCUCUGCUGUCUAUAGACCUGUCCUAUAACAACCUCCAUUUAGGAAACGUUCCCGAUUGGAUCAGUAGAAGAGAAUUUACAGACGUGCACCUGGCUGGCUGUGGCCUCAAGGGAACUCUCCCAAGCUUUGCAAAGCGAGAUUCUUUUAAUUCCAUUGACCUCUCUGACAACUUUCUUCAAGGUGGGUUUUCAAAUUUCUUCACAAACAUGUCAAGUUUACAGAAGAUCAAGCUUGCAAACAACCAGUUGAGGUCAAACAUUUCGGAGAUUGCAUUACUAGAUGCGUUUUCCUCUAUUGAUCUCCACUCAAAUCAACUCUAUGGGCCAAUAUCAACACUUUUAGACACUAACAAGAUCGGAUUUCUGGAGCUUAUAGACAUCUCAAACAAUCAAAUCACAGGUGAGAUUCCAGAGUUCAGUGAAGGUUCGGGUUUGAAACUGCUGAACUUGGCAAGCAACAGAAUUUCAGGUCAAAUCCCAGAUUCAAUCUCAAACUUGAUUGAACUAGAAAGGUUUGAUGUUUCAAGGAACCAGAUUAAGGGCACCAUCCCUGAAAGCUUAGGCCAGCUUCCAAAGUUGCAAUGGCUCGACCUGUCCAUCAAUGCACUCAGUGGGAAGAUCCCAGACAGCUUUCUAAGCUUACAGAGCCUCAGGCAUGCAAGCUUCAGGGCAAACAGACUGUGUGGAGGGAUACCGCAAGGGAGACCAUUCAACAUUUUUCCUGUGGCUGCUUACGCCCACAACCAAUGCUUAUGUGACAAACCCAUGCCACCUUGCAAGAUAAGCAACCUGCAGGAGUAGGGUCAGUGAAAUGCUGACCCAACUACCAAUGGGCAUUUUUCAUGCCCUAUCAACAUUGUUAAAUCAGAUUAGAGUUCUAUUUCAUAAUAACUGAAAUCCUUUAUUUUUUU